AUGCUCAAGCAACUGGAAAAUAUUCUUGAGUCGCGAAAGCACAAAAACAGGUUCCGAAAAUUGACGGUCAUGGAUCCUGAGUCGACGGUGGAUUUUUCUUCGAACGAUUUUCUGUCGCUCGGAAAGUAUCAACCAUUCAAAGACAGCGUCAGUGUCAAGGUGGCGGAUUUCUGCGCCCAAACCAGCUCUUCUCUGGGUUCUGGAGGGUCUCGACUUUUGGAUGGAAAUUGUGCACUGUACGAGGGUCUUGAACGUCAGAUUGCAGCAUUCCAUGGAGCAAAGUCUGGCUUGAUUUUCAAUUCUGGAUUCGACGCCAACUCGGGGUUUUUCUCCUGUCUUCCUCAGCCUCAGGAUAUAGUCAUUUACGACGAGUUGAUCCAUGCCAGUGUUCAUGAAGGAAUGCGUCAAUGUCGGGCAAAGAAACGGGUUCUUUUCAAGCACAAUGACGUGGAGGACUUUGAGCGGGUUUUGAACCAGUACAAGGGCGAAUCAGGCAACAUUUUUGUGGCCGUAGAGGCUGUAUACAGCAUGGAUGGUGAUACAGCUCCGUUGAGACAACUGUACGACGUUUCAGACCGUCUGAACAGAGAGAUUCUUUUGGUGGUGGACGAAGCUCAUGCCACAGGUGUACUUGGAGACCAGGGACGAGGUCUGGUGUGUGCUCUCGGUAUGGAGAAACAGGUAUUUGCUCGAAUCCAUACGUUUGGAAAAGCUCUGAGUGCCAAUGGAGCCAUUAUUUUAUGUCAUCCCGUGGUUCGAUCUUAUCUGAUCAACUAUGCUCGUUCUUUUAUCUUUACAACUGCUCUUGGUCAGGUGAAUCUGCUCAUCAUUCAGGCCACCUAUGAGCUUCUGGAAACCCAGGCAGCAGCACAUCUUCAGACUCAACUAUGGGACAAUCUGCAGCGGUUUUCCACGGGGUUGAAGGACACUGGAGUUCACGUUUAUCCUCCUGUGCCCCGGUCGGCCAUCUUUUCAGUCUUCUGCGACAACCCGCGGUCUCUGGCGGCCCACUGUCAGCAGUCUGGGCUGGUUGUGAGACCCAUUGUGCAUCCCACGGUUCCCAAGGGAACGGAGAGAGUCCGGGUGUGCAUUCACAGUGCUAAUACCGCCAAGGAGGUGGACAUGCUAGUGCACAGGAUUCUCGAGUGGCAUUCUCAGAAGGAGAUGAGAGGGCGGUUGUAG